UUAAGCAAUAGAAAACGUUACUAAUACCUGUACUGGUAACUGGUAAAUACUGUAUGCCAUUAUGCUCUACCUGAGAAUAUUGUAUUAGAGCUAUACUAAUCCAUAAUUAAUACCAAAUAAUAGACUUUGAUAAUUAACAACGACUUCGAGUGUAUACUCAAUUCUGUAUGAAUAAUAAUAUGAAUUAUUCAUCAGAAGAAAUUUUAUGAAUCUUGAAUACACAAUUUUUGUUUCACAUUUAAGAUUGAAGGCUUAAGAGUUCUUUCACCAGAAGAAUCAUAAAAAAUUGAGAUGGAGGAAAUUAAUAGAGAUAAAGGUGAAAAUAAUCAUUCCAACCAAUCUGAAUUAACUCCUGGAGAGGUAGAGAAACAAGAAGAAGCCAAGCUAAAAGCAAAAUAUCCAGUGUCUUCAGUUUCGGGAGGAAUUCCUGGUCGAAUAGCAAGCGGGCAUUCCGCCUUUUUGCAGAAACGACUCUCAAAAGGUCAGAAAUAUUUUGAUUCUGGCGACUACCAAAUGGCCAAACAGAAAUUUGGAAAUGGACCCAGUAAGCCUGGAAUUCAAUUGCCAGGACCCAUUCCUUUUGUAGCUACAGGUGAUGCAAUUCCCACUCCAGAAACUGUUCCAGUGAGAAAAACAUCUAUUGCACAACCUUCAAAAUUUUCUAAUAUAAGUUGAACGGUUUUUAUACAAUGUUAACUCCCAAAAUAUUUGUCUAAUUUCGGUUAAUUUCAUGAAAAAAAUAUUGAAAAAGUAUGUUGA